AUGUCGAGGCGGGGGCCUUGCCUAUUGGACCCUUCGAUAGGCUUGGCAAGCUUCGAUGGUCAGCCUGACUGGUUCGCAAGGCUGCCCCGAGCUGCUGCUGUCUUAGCUGCUGGGAGCGUUGCCAGAACGCGAGCAGAUAGACUCGCGCACAACACGCUCGAAUGUCGCCGUCGGCAGGCAACAGCGCGUUUCGACUGGCGCCGCCCUGUCGCGCCGAUCAGCAGCGCUGAUGUAGCAUCUGCUCGUUGGCUGUUCCCACGUCUCUCAGCAGCUUCGCAUCCCUCGUACGGCGCCCAGGAAGUUCACAUGGAUCUCAACGAGCUUCGAUGCAAUCAUCUCAAGUGCCGCAAGAUCUUAUCACUCGAAGGCAAGGGCGUCUCCACUAGCUGCUCUCAUGUAUUCUGUGUUGCAUGUGCCAACACACUCUUCACUCCGGAGCGCCUGUGUCCAGCUUGCGAGACUCACUUGCCGCACGAUGACGAUAUGCUCUACUUUUCGCUCAAUCCGUCCACCGAGUUUCGCAACACGGUCCUCGCCGGGCUGUCGCCGAGCAUCAUCGUCGAUAUUGUCUCCCGUGCUCUCAAUUUCUGGACGUACCAGCAAGGACAAGAGAAAAUAUUCCAAGAGAUGCUUCUGAAGCAUUCACAAGAACACGCAACGAUCCUCGAGCAAGAUAAUCUUAAUAUCACUCAACGUGCUAAUCAGGAGCUCGACCAUGCACAACGAGAGCUGGACAUGACACGUCAGCAGCAGCGAGAUCUCCAGACGACGCUUCGUGGCAGUCAACGCCAGCAGCAUUCCCUCCAAUCCAAAUAUGAUCGCAUGCGGGCCAGUAUCGGUCCUCGUGCCAAUCCUGAUCUGCUCGCGACCUCUUCAGGAACGAGUCCAGCGGCCGCCCAAAACGAGCAAGAGAUUCGCACGCCCGAUGCCUACCCAUUCAAAUACUCGCAUGCUAUGACACGGCAACGUCAAAGCUAUCUGCAUUCGUAUGUUUCUACAAGUGUCAUAUUCGAGUGA